GGAGAGAAACCUUACGACUGCUCUGACUGCGGAAAGACUUUUGUUAGUUUAAGAGAUUUAAAAUCACACCAUAGAACACACACAGGAGAGAAAUCACCAUAUAGCUGUACUCAAUGUGGGAAGAGUUUUACUCGGUCAAGCUCCCUGAUAGUUCACCAGAGAACACACACAGGAGAGAAACCUUAUAGCUGUACUCAAUGUGGGAAGUGUUUUGUUGCAUCUUGCAAUCUGAUGAUACACCAGAGAACACACACAGGAGAGAAACUUUAUAGCUGUGAUCAAUGUGGGAAGAGUUUUACUCAGUCAAGCUCCCUGAUAGUGCACCAGAGAACACACACAGGAGAGAAACCUUAUCGCUGUACUCAAUGUGGGAAGAGUUUUGUUGCAUCUUGCGAUCUGACAAUACACCAGAGAACACACACAGGAGAGAAACCUUAUAGCUGUGAUCAAUGUGGGAAGAGUUUUGGUACAUCUGUGUAUCUGACGAUACACCAGAGAACACACACAGGAGAGAAACCUUAUGGCUGUAAUCAAUGUGGGAAGAGUUUUACUCAGUCAAGCGGCCUGGUAGUACACCAGAGAACGCACACAGGAGAGAAACCGUAUAGCUGUACUCAAUGUGGGAAGAGUUUUACUCAGUCAAGCGGCCUGGUAGUACACCAGAGAACACACACGGGAGAGAAACCUUAUCACUGCUCUGACUGCAGAAAGAAUUUUGUUAGGUUAAGAGAUUUAAAAUCACACCAGAGAACACACACAGGAGAGAAACAAUUUAGCAGGAGAUAAAUGAUAUAGCUGGAGAUAAAUGAUAUAGCUGUGAUCAUGUGACAAGAGAUACUUUGAUAAAAGAUCUCUGAUCAAACAUCAGAAAGUACAUACAUUAGUUGUUUCAUGAUAUCAAUGAAAUAAUGUCACAAUGUAGAAUGUUUUAACAUUGUAGAAGGAGUACUUUAAUUAAUAAUGUCACAAUGUAGAACCCUAAACAUUUCCCCCUGUUCUAUUUAUUUCAGCAUGAUAUGGAUAUUAGCCUCUGGGAAAAACCCAGGCUAUGAAUUGAAAGAGUAUUUAUGUGAUUUAACAAAAAGUAAAAAAAAAAAAAGUAAAAAAAAGUUGUGUUCCACGUUAAUCAAAA